GGGCCCCCAGGCGGCCUGCGUCUAGCGCGGCGCAGAGCCGGCGAGCGAGGCCGCCAUGGCGGGGCUCCACUGAAGGAAGCGCCGAGGGAGGAGGGGAGGGGGGCGAGGAGAAGAACAAAUCCCUGCAUUUCCUCCUCCUCCGCCUCCUCCACACCAUCCCAGCCUCCGUGCCCGCUCGCCCCGCCGCUCGCGCCGUCCUCCUCCUCCGCGCACCUCUGAAGCGGCGCAGGCACUGACUGCAUUACAAAAAUUCUCUCGCAAACAAAGAGAAAGAGGGAGCGAGCGGGGUGGGGGUGGAAAGCUGCUAGGCGAGCAUGGCGGACCGCAGCCUGGAAGGCAUGUCUUUGCCUCUGGAGGUGAGAGCCCGCUUGGCCGAGCUGGAGCUGGAACUAUCCGAAGGUGACAUCACACAAAAAGGAUAUGAAAAGAAGAGGUCAAAAUUAAUUGGAGCGUAUCUGCCACAACCUCCAACAGCGAAUGGAGCUGCCGUGGUUCGAUGUAGACUGCAGCACAGUGAAGGAGCCACGAGAAGAAUGCUCCGCUCUGCCAACAUCGGAGUGUGUGACAUCCGAGAAGCAGCGGCCAGAGAGCGGGUGGCCAGCACCACAGGAAACCGGCCUCUGUUUUACUUUCGUUUCGGAGUGGAUCAAGCUUUGCCUCAAGAACGUCGAACUCCUGUUACUCCUUCCUCCUCCUCUCGCUAUCACCGCCGAAGGUCCUCAGGGUCACGGGAUGAACGCUACCGGUCGGAUGUUCAUACUGAAGCCGUUCAGGCAGCUCUUGCUAAACACAAAGAAAGAAAGAUGGCAGUGCCUAUGCCUUCCAAACGCAGGUCUUUGGUUGUGCAGACCUCAAUGGACGCCUACACACCUCCAGAUACCUCUUCUGGUUCAGAAGAUGAAGGCUCUGUACAGGGUGAUUCCCAGGGAACACCCACCUCCAGCCAAGGCAGCAUCAACAUGGAGCACUGGAUCAGCCAAGCCAUCCAUGGCUCUACCACAUCCACAACGUCCUCCUCCUCCACGCAAAGUGGUGGAAGUGGCGCCGCCCACAGGCUGGCCGACGUCAUGGCGCAGACACACAUAGAAAAUCAUUCCGCGCCUCCUGACGUAACCACUUACACCUCAGAACACUCAAUACAAGUGGAAAGGCCACAAGGCUCGACAGCAUCGCGGACGGCACCAAAAUACGGCAAUGCCGAGCUCAUGGAGACUGGGGAUGGAGUACCAGUAAGUAGCCGAGUAUCAGCAAAAAUCCAACAGCUUGUCAAUACCCUCAAAAGGCCUAAACGACCACCAUUACGGGAAUUCUUUGUUGAUGACUUUGAAGAAUUAUUAGAAGUUCAACAACCAGAUCCAAACCAACCAAAGCCAGAAGGAGCCCAGAUGUUGGCAAUGCGUGGGGAGCAGCUGGGCGUGGUGACCAACUGGCCACCAUCUCUGGAAGCUGCGUUACAGCGAUGGGGGACCAUUUCACCCAAGGCCCCCUGUUUAACCACUAUGGACACGAAUGGAAAACCACUGUACAUCCUAACUUAUGGCAAACUGUGGACAAGAAGUAUGAAGGUUGCUUACAACAUUCUACAUAAAUUAGGUACAAAACAAGAACCUAUGGUGCGACCUGGAGAUAGGGUAGCACUGGUAUUUCCUAACAACGACCCUGCUGCUUUCAUGGUAGCAUUUUACGGCUGCCUGCUCGCUGAAGUCGUUCCCGUCCCCAUUGAAGUGCCACUCACGAGAAAGGAUGCCGGAAGCCAACAGAUAGGUUUCUUGCUUGGUAGCUGUGGAGUUACAGUAGCCUUGACUAGUGAUGCUUGCCAUAAAGGACUACCAAAAAGCCCAACAGGAGAGAUACCACAGUUUAAAGGUUGGCCAAAGCUAUUAUGGUUUGUAACAGAGUCUAAACAUCUCUCUAAACCUCCUCGAGAUUGGUUUCCUCACAUUAAGGAUGCAAAUAACGACACUGCUUAUAUUGAGUAUAAAACGUGUAAGGAUGGAAGUGUACUUGGGGUGACUGUGACAAGAAUUGCGCUGCUGACUCACUGCCAAGCCCUUACACAAGCAUGUGGCUACACAGAAGCUGAAACAAUUGUCAAUGUAUUAGAUUUCAAGAAGGAUGUUGGCCUCUGGCAUGGAAUUCUUACAAGUGUCAUGAACAUGAUGCAUGUAAUCAGCAUCCCGUACUCUUUAAUGAAGGUGAACCCUCUGUCCUGGAUACAGAAGGUCUGCCAGUACAAAGCAAAAGUGGCUUGUGUAAAAUCAAGGGACAUGCAUUGGGCACUAGUAGCACACAGAGAUCAAAGAGACAUCAACCUCUCCUCUCUCCGAAUGUUAAUAGUGGCUGACGGCGCGAAUCCCUGGUCUAUUUCUUCUUGUGAUGCAUUUCUCAACGUCUUCCAAAGUAAAGGCCUGCGUCAGGAGGUCAUCUGUCCUUGUGCCAGCUCUCCAGAGGCUCUCACCGUGGCUAUCCGAAGGCCCACAGACGACAGCAACCAGCCCCCGGGCCGGGGCGUUCUCUCCAUGCAUGGGCUGACCUAUGGCGUCAUCCGAGUGGACUCCGAAGAGAAGCUGUCUGUCCUCACUGUACAGGAUGUUGGCCUGGUGAUGCCUGGAGCCAUCAUGUGUUCCGUGAAGCCAGAUGGAGUUCCUCAGCUGUGUAGGACAGAUGAAAUUGGAGAGCUGUGCGUGUGUGCCAUUGCUACAGGCACGUCCUAUUACGGCCUCUCAGGCAUGACCAAGAACACCUUUGAGGUAUUUCCUAUGACAAGUUCAGGGGCUCCGAUUAGUGAAUACCCUUUCAUAAGAACAGGCUUGCUGGGAUUUGUUGGUCCUGGAGGACUUGUCUUUGUGGUGGGUAAAAUGGAUGGUUUGAUGGUGGUCAGUGGACGAAGACACAAUGCUGAUGACAUUGUGGCAACAGCGUUGGCAGUGGAACCAAUGAAAUUUGUCUACAGAGGAAGAAUAGCUGUGUUCUCGGUGACUGUCCUUCAUGACGAGAGGAUAGUCAUUGUUGCAGAGCAGAGACCAGACUCCACGGAGGAGGACAGCUUUCAAUGGAUGAGCAGAGUUCUACAGGCAAUUGAUAGUAUACAUCAAGUUGGAGUUUAUUGCCUGGCCUUGGUUCCAGCAAACACCCUUCCCAAAACCCCCCUUGGUGGAAUACAUUUGUCAGAAACGAAGCAGCUUUUCCUGGAAGGUUCACUCCACCCCUGCAAUGUCUUGAUGUGUCCACAUACGUGUGUCACAAACUUACCUAAACCUAGACAAAAGCAGCCAGAAAUUGGUCCUGCCUCUGUGAUGGUGGGCAACCUCGUCUCCGGGAAGAGAAUCGCCCAGGCUAGCGGCAGAGACCUUGGUCAAAUUGAAGACAAUGAUCAGGCCCGGAAGUUCCUGUUUCUCUCAGAAGUUCUGCAGUGGAGAGCUCAGACCACCCCCGACCAUGUCCUCUAUACGCUGCUCAACUGUAGGGGUACAAUAGCAAACUCAUUGACUUGUGUCCAGCUUCAUAAACGAGCUGAGAAGAUAGCCGUGAUGCUGAUGGAACGAGGGCACUUGCAAGAUGGAGAUCACGUUGCUUUAGUCUACCCACCAGGAAUAGACCUGAUCGCAGCAUUUUAUGGCUGCCUGUAUGCAGGCUGUGUCCCAAUAACAGUCCGCCCUCCACAUCCACAGAACAUCGCAACAACGUUACCUACUGUAAAGAUGAUCGUGGAGGUGAGUCGCUCGGCCUGUUUAAUGACAACACAGCUAAUAUGUAAAUUGUUACGGUCCAGAGAGGCAGCAGCAGCUGUAGACGUCAGGACAUGGCCCCCCAUACUGGACACAGAUGAUUUGCCAAAGAAGCGGCCUGCCCAGAUCUACAAGCCUUCUAACCCAGAUACACUAGCUUAUCUUGAUUUUAGCGUAUCCACAACUGGGAUGCUAGCUGGAGUAAAGAUGUCUCAUGCAGCCACCAGUGCCUUUUGCCGUUCCAUUAAGUUGCAGUGUGAGCUUUAUCCCUCCAGAGAAGUGGCUAUCUGUUUGGACCCUUACUGUGGACUUGGAUUUGUCCUCUGGUGCCUCUGCAGUGUAUACUCAGGACACCAGUCCAUUUUGAUCCCGCCUUCAGAGCUGGAAACCAACCCUGCUUUGUGGCUUCUUGCUGUGAGUCAGUAUAAAGUCCGGGAUACGUUUUGCUCCUAUUCUGUGAUGGAACUUUGCACCAAGGGGCUGGGCUCACAAACAGAAUCACUCAAGGCAAGAGGGCUAGACUUGUCUCGUGUACGGACGUGCGUAGUUGUGGCAGAAGAACGGCCUCGGAUAGCACUCACACAAUCCUUUUCCAAAUUGUUUAAAGACCUGGGCCUCCACCCACGGGCCGUUAGCACCUCAUUUGGCUGUAGAGUGAACCUGGCAAUUUGCUUACAGGGGACCUCUGGACCUGACCCAACCACUGUGUAUGUUGAUAUGAGAGCCCUGAGACAUGACAGAGUCCGUUUAGUGGAAAGAGGGUCUCCUCAUAGUUUGCCCCUAAUGGAAUCAGGAAAAAUACUUCCAGGGGUUCGGAUCAUAAUUGCUAAUCCAGAAACAAAAGGACCUCUGGGGGACUCACAUCUUGGUGAGAUUUGGGUUCACAGCGCUCACAAUGCCAGUGGUUAUUUUACAAUUUAUGGAGAUGAGUCCCUCCAAUCAGAUCACUUCAACUCAAGAUUAAGUUUUGGAGACACCCAGACUGUCUGGGCACGGACUGGCUACUUGGGGUUCCUGAGGAGAACUGAGCUUACAGAUGCAAAUGGAGAGCGCCAUGAUGCCCUCUAUGUUGUGGGUGCACUAGAUGAAGCCAUGGAGUUGCGAGGGAUGAGGUAUCACCCAAUAGACAUCGAGACCUCUGUCAUCAGGGCCCACAAAAGUGUUACAGAAUGUGCUGUGUUUACCUGGACGAAUUUGUUGGUGGUUGUGGUGGAGCUUGAUGGGUCAGAGCAAGAAGCCUUAGACCUCGUUCCCUUGGUGACCAAUGUGGUUCUAGAAGAACACUACCUGAUUGUAGGAGUGGUGGUUGUGGUGGACAUCGGUGUCAUUCCUAUCAACUCCCGUGGAGAGAAACAGCGUAUGCACCUGCGAGACGGAUUCUUGGCCGACCAGCUAGAUCCCAUCUACGUGGCCUACAACAUGUAGUCUUGUCUCCUUGGCUUCCAUGGACUUUCCUACAGAUGUAAACAUUUUUCUCAGUGUCCACUAAAAUUGUGCAGAUACGAGGGCAACAUUCACCAGAAUGGAACCUUUUGUCAUUGUGAUGGUGAUGAUGAUGACAACUUUUCACAGCAGUCAUGAUUGGCAUGGAAAUGAAAUGUGAAAUGUGAAUUUACCACUAAAUUUAGCUCAGAAGGACUUUGGGAUUACUGCCUUCAGUUUGUUGGAAAAGCCCGUUUCAAAAACUUUUUCUUUCCUUUUUUUAAUUAUUGAAUAAUAAGUGCUUUCUUCGUAAAUGUGGCAUUGUAUUUUGUUAAGCCGAAAUAGCAAUUAAAAAAAAAAAAAUAUUCUGCCCUCCAGAUGGGUUCUUUUAAACAAUUUAUGUAGUGUGACAAACAGUUGUUUUCUCCGUUUUAAUGUGUCCUGAAAUCUUAAUGACAUGGAUCUGUUACUAAUUUAAGCCAUUGCUAGAUCUCACCCUUUUAGGAAAGUUUGUUGAGGUACGAGAAAACCUUCCAAAUAGCACCUUCCAAUUAGAUUUUAGCAGCUUUCUUUGUCAGAAAUGUGCUGAAGAAACAAAGGCUAGUAUAUGGCCUUUGAUGUUAGCAUAGAAUGAGAAGAAAUUAUAAAUAAGGUGUAUUUCGGCAAUUAUCUUGCAGAUAUCUUUGUACUAAACUAAAAAAGAUAAAAUAAGUUAACUUCUUCAUAUGUAAUUAUGUACAAAACGUUUAAUUUAUUUUGAUCUCUUUAGAAGUAUAAAAGAGAAAAAAACAUUCAAGAAUAUUAAAGUCUUGUAAUGUUUGCUAAUAUAAAAAAGUGUUGUAUUAUCUUGCGUGGAUAGUAUCACAACAAAUAUAUAUAUAUGAAAUAUAAAUUCACUAAUGAAAAAAGGAGAUUUUAAAGUUUAAAAUGCAGAACUUGUCACUUGCAUGGUGUCCCCUCCACUGUACUGUAGAUAAUUGAGUGAUUUACUCACAUACACUUUGCUGACGAAAGCAAUCACAGAUUGCUAGUAGCCCUGUCUACAAGGCUCUAGAUACCAGAGACCAGCAAGUGAAAUUAUUGCCAUCUCAAAGAUGGUAAAGGGAUUUAAGGGUAAAUGUGCACUAAUUUUUUUUUUUUUUUUUUUUUUCUCCUUUGCUGUGGGGGCAACAAUGAAUGAGUUUUUGCUGGCAUGUGCUUACUACAUUUGAUAGACUUUAGGAAAGGCCGGUUGGUGAAUAGCACUGUUUUCUUACCUGCAAGAAUUUGUUGCACAAUAUUUUCAUUAUUUUGGUCCUUGGUGUGAGAAGGAAUGAUAUGAUGUGGUCAUUUGCACUAGGUUGCAUUGACUCCCCCUCCCCCCAUGGCCACGGUGUGAAGUGGACACAACACCCAGAACAGCUGUGAGGGAAAAGACUUGUAUAGGUGGUCGUCAUCUCAUCUUAACAACCAACCAGCUAUGUGUAAACCUCUGGUCUCUGGGGUUACCUAGCCUUGACCAUGAGCCAGAUCCCCAGGGAACUGACCUGCCCGGUGAUUCCUAACAAAGGCUCCCGACUAGAGUAAGAAAGCACGCCUCAAAGCUGCCUUCAUCUUAACCAGCUGUGGAUAAACACAUCCCUAGUUUCUGUUUCUGCUGCCGCUGUCUCUCUUGCACCCUGUUUAAUUUUCAGAGCUCAUCUGUCCACUUCUAAACUGAAUUGGCCUGUCCAUGUCCCACCAAGAAGGAGGUAUCAGCAAUCCGCGAGUGAUUCAUUUUCUAAUUGCCCAGUGUGAUGCUGCAGUGGCUCUCGUUCCUACAUAUGCAUGACUAAGAUUAUUGCUGGGCAAAAUGUAGAUCCUUUCUUCAUUAUAUCAUAGGCAAUGUCUUUGUCUGCCUUCGCUGUAUGCAGCCAGCAGAAAGCCCUUUGCUAAAAAAAAAAAAAGUUUUGUUUGACUUCUAAGAUCCAAGGCUGAUUGUUUUGAAAUGUUUUUUAAGAGGCACAUUUCUUUUUUAUUUUUCUGCAUGUAUGGUGCAUCCUCCAUCUCCACAAGUCAGUUGAUUUUUUAAAUAUGGUUUGACUUCAUGUACUGUGUAUACAUAUUUCUCUACCUGCUUCAGACACACAUUCCUACCGUCUUCUGCUUCCUAAGAGGAAAGAACCCCACUGCACACAGGGAAGACGUUUUUGUACACACUCACCCUGUUUAAGGGAAUGUUGAUUUGGUUUCAGGUCAGAUACUGACUAGGAAACAUAACUGCAGUGUGCAGGAGAACUUAGGAGGUCCAGCCAAUGUCAGGAAGCAAAACCCACGUAGAUGUCACUUCAGACAUACUUCUAACCUUCACCGUAUCAACUUCACGUUCAAGGGAGGGAAACGCUGCACUGCAGUCGGUAACAGAUCUCUUCUGCAUCCUGUCAUCUCUGAUGUUAGCAUGUAGGUUCAAAAGACUUGGUGGACUGGGAUUGAAGUUUCGCUGUGCAAGAAAAAGGGAAAGGAGACGCUAAAGUACCACCAGUUUCAGCAAUAAAGGAUCGUUCUGUAUUAGAAACUGUACUGUAGAUAAAUCAUUCAUGAGAAUGUAUAAAAUGUUUGUCUUGUGACCUUGUGCUUUUGAAGUCAGACAAAACCGUGUAAUCAACUUGCACAAAGAGAGGGUACACAAUGAACAUUUAAACACAAACCUAAUCAAACAGGAGCAGAUUCCUCAUGGUGCUUGUUUAUUAUAUAUAUUUAAUCCUGCUUGACACUUUACCCAAGGGAAAACAGUCCCUUUUAUCAGUUGAAUGUUAGCAGCGUUAUUUCAUAGAGUGUGGUGACUGGUUAGAGAAAUUCAUGUACUCAACCAAUCACAGUUUCAAACGAAAUUUUUAUGUGCAAAGGACAGCAACCUUCUUGUAUGUUAAACCACCAGUACGCUUUGUACAUCUGUGAUAACGCCUGUUUUAUAUUCAAAUGAACAAAUAAAAGCUUUUAUUUUUGUUGCUCUGAAAA